AUGUCAACCGAGACGCUCAAGUCGAUCAAAAACAAGCAAAAGCGACAACAGCUGUUUGCGAAGCUGAAGGAUGAACAGAACAAGAAAAGACACAAGCUUCGGGCCUCCAGAGCUAAGGAAGAGCUGGAUAACCCAGAGCUGAAGGCUAAAAGACUGGAGCAAAACGUGCCAAAGACCAUUGAGUCGAUGAGAGUGUAUGAUGAAUCUGUUGGUUUCGAGCUGGAAGGAGAAGACGACUUUGCCGAGUACUUUGUUAACACCAACAAAGAGCCAAAAAUCCUCAUCACCACAAGCCCGCACGCUAAAAAAACUGCCUACAAAUUUGCAUCUACACUGAUGGACAUAAUUCCAAACACCACAUUCGUCAAGAGAAAGAGAGAAUAUACAAUGAAAGACAUGAGCGAAUACUGUUCUAACAGAGAAUUCACAGACCUGAUAGUCAUCAACGAGGAUAAAAAGGUGGUCAACGGUAUCACUUUUAUCCAUCUUCCUCACGGUCCGACAUUUUAUUUCUCCAUUUCGUCUCUCAGAGACAAGAAACAGAUCUCUGGACAUGGAAAUGCCACUGAACACAUCCCUGAGUUGAUUCUGAACAAUUUCACAACAAGACUCGGUCAAACAGUGGGCCGUCUAUUCCAAUCGCUUCUCCCACACAGACCAGAAAUCCAAGGUCGUCAAGUGAUCACCCUUCACAACCAAAGAGAUUAUAUCUUUUUCAGAAUGCACAGAUAUGUGUUUAGAAACGAAGAAAAAGUGGGCCUGCAAGAGCUGGGUCCCCAAUUCACUUUGAAGUUGCGCAGAAUUCAACGUGGAAUCAGAGAAGAAAUCGACUGGGAACACAGACCAGACAUGGACAAGGACAAGAAGAAGUUCUAUCUAUGA